GUUGACGUCGCCUCGUUUUAUAGAAUUUGUCUGUAAACACGAUGAUGUCCUUAAGUGUUUUGUUAACCGAAAUCCCAAAAUAAUUUUUGAUCACUUUCAUUUUCUUCUUGAGUGUCCUGAACUAAUGUCCAGAUUUAUGCACAUCAUAAAAGCUCAGCCAUUUAAAGAUCGCUGUGAAUGGUUCUAUGAACAUCUGCAUGCUGGGCAGCCAGAUUCGGACAUGGUGCACAGACCUGUCAAUGAAAAUGACAUACUUUUGGUUCACAGAGAUUCUAUUUUUAGGAGUAGCUGUGAAGUUGUUUCUAAAGCAAAUUGUGCAAAACUAAAGCAGGGGAUUGCUGUGAGAUUUCAUGGAGAAGAAGGCAUGGGACAGGGUGUGGUGCGUGAAUGGUUUGAUAUCUUAUCCAGUGAAAUAGUUAACCCAGAUUACGCCUUAUUUACUCAGUCAGCUGAUGGAACAACUUUCCAGCCCAACAGCAACUCCUCUGUAAAUCCAGACCAUCUGAACUACUUCCGUUUUGCAGGCCAGAUCCUGGGGCUAGCUCUGAAUCACAGGCAGUUGGUGAACAUCUACUUCACGAGGUCAUUCUACAAACAUAUUCUUGGUAUACCUGUAAAUUAUCAGGAUGUAGCAUCUAUUGAUCCAGAGUAUGCAAAGAACUUGCAGUGGAUUUUAGAUAAUGAUAUCAGUGAUCUGGGUUUAGAGCUGACCUUCUCUGUUGAGACCGAUGUGUUUGGAGCAAUGGAAGAAGUGCCACUGAAGCCAGGGGGUGCAAGUAUACUUGUUACACAGGAAAACAAGGCUGAGUAUGUCCAGCUUGUCACAGAGCUUAGAAUGACGAGAGCCAUUCAGCCUCAGAUAAAUGCCUUUUUACAAGGCUUCCAUAUGUUCAUUCCACCGUCUUUGAUCCAGCUUUUUGAUGAAUAUGAACUGGAGCUUUUGUUGUCUGGUAUGCCAGAAAUUGAUGUGAAUGACUGGUUAAAAAAUACAGAAUACACCAGUGGCUAUGAGAGAGGAGACCAAGUUAUUCAGUGGUUCUGGGACGUUGUGGAAGAAUUAACUCAGGAAGAGAGAGUAUUACUAUUACAGUUUGUUACUGGCAGUUCCAGGGUGCCUCAUGGUGGCUUUGCCCAUAUAAUGGGUGGCAGUGGAUUGCAAAAUUUUACAAUUGCUGCUGUGCCAUAUACUGCAAAUCUUUUACCAACAUCAAGCACGUGUAUCAACAUGCUCAAGUUACCAGAAUACCCAAGUAAAGAAAUCCUUAAGGACAGGCUCCUUGUGGCGUUGCACUGUGGAAGCUAUGGUUACACGAUGGCCUAAUGAAGUCCAGAAAACUCCUCAUCUGACUGCUGAUGUGCAAUUCAGAGUGGCAGAAGUAAUUUUGGAAACUGUCAAUAGGAAAGCAGCUUAGCUGCUGCAGUCCAGUGGCAGGGUUGGGCUUCAGAACUCAUACAGAAUCUUCAGCUUUCCCUCCAUCAGACGUUGUCAAAGUAACUUUGAUACCGUCGUGGCAAACUUCUCAGUAUGCUGUCUUUUCAUUUUUAAAAAUGACAAAUCUGUGUGGAAAUCAGUUUACAUGCUCUUCGUUGUUACUUCAGUCUGAAUCAGAAAGUCUGUCAGAACCUCUUUCCGCAGUUUUAUUUUUGAUUUUCAACUACAUGGUUGAAUGACAUUUGCGUUUUAGUUUACUUUGCACUCAGAGGGCAUACUGCUAAUGGACAGACUUGUACUUUAUGCCUUGUUGCAUGUGAAAGUGCCGUUUAUUUUUGCAGAGAAUACUAUAGAAAGUUCAAUUGGGAUAUUGUACAGUAAGACAGAGCCGAUGUAUUUUCCAUUUCUUUGCAUAGUAACAGAAAUAAAAUUUUAUAACUUUUUAGUAUUUUCAUGUAUAUAGUAUGUAAAGAUUAGACUGUUAUCACUGGAAGAAAUAACACAUGAAGUUAAUAUCUAAUUUAUAUUAGAAUUUACACUAUAUUCUACUAAAUAUUUAAAGUAUUUGUGACUUUAUAGUCAACUUGCAGUUUAGUAUUUGUAAAUAUUAUUUAAAGUCUAUAUCCAUUGUUUGAAUGCCUUUACUCUUUCCU